AUGCGUCUUUCAUACUCGAGGAAAAUACACACGCAGCAUACAAAGCAUGUGCAUUUGUUGUUGGUGCUGUUGGUGAUUGUUGGAUGUUGUCUUGUGGAUGCAGAAGAUUUCUCUUGUUUCGAAAUUCCAAGUUCAGAUCUCGUUAAUGUUUGUUCAGGACAUGGUAUAUGUGUUGACACGGAUAUUUGUUCAUGUUUUCCUGGUCAUACUAAUUCUCAAUGUGAAACUCACACUUGUUUUGGAAUAAUAUACAACGAUGAACCUAAUGUUUGUUCAGGACAUGGUACUUGUAUUGGUCCGAACAUGUGUAAUUGCACCAUUCAAGAUGGUGUAGUAUAUGGGGGAGAUUCAUGCGAAUUAAUUAUUGGAUAUGUUCACUCAAACAGUUGCGGGAACGAUUGCAAAUCAACAGACUAUAUUCAAAGUGGAGUUGACACAUUAUUUGUUAAAGAACUGCAAACAUUCCAAUCAACACUGAAGGCAGAAUAUCCAAAUUAUUCAUUCAGGUUAAAGAUGAGUUCAGAAUACUUGUGGAAAAACUCUGACGGUUCUUUCAAUCUCAACGAGCUAGGUGGUAAUUUAACAAUAUCUGUUGUUAACUUGGUGCUUGUUGAUGGUUUAAUAUCGUUCCGUAAUGGAAGCGGUCUCAUUGGAAGAACCAAGGACAACAUUUCCCCUCUCUACAUGUUCUCGAAUGAUUUUUAUGUUUCAUUUAAGGUUAAUGUUAAAGAGUUUAAGGAAUACAAUCCAAUUAUGAAUAUUACGAGUGGACCCUCAUUCUCCAUUUACAUGUCAGGAACUUCGCUAUUUUUUGAAGGUCAAACUAUUGAAUUUAAUGAUAGAUAUAUCCAAACUAUUCCUAACGAAAUUCAUAUGUUAUCGCAAACUUACACGGUAGUCAUUAUUAAAUCAUUUGUAGAUGGCACCAAGAUCUAUGUGAACGAUCGUCUUUGUUUUGAGAGCGAGUCAA